AUGGAACUGGGAAAUCAACUUUCUGCGGUCCUUCAAAAUCAACUCACACCUGACCAAGAAAGUGCUUUUGAGACUCAUAUUCUAAAUUGCCUUGCUGGUAUGGUCUAUGGUUCCAACAUGAUCGAGCGCGCUGGGAACGGCUCCAAAAUCACUCUUAAUCUCUGCAUGGCAAUCUUCCGCGGCGAAGAAUGUAAUUUGCCUCCUGUGAACAGCGGGAGCGAGCUUUUCUCUUUCAUCUUGAUCAUUGCUAACUAUCAAAAAUAA